CCCCACUUUCCUAGCUGGUUAAAGUAUCAAAGGGAGCUUCAGGGGUUGGACAUUUCUUAUGCGUCAAUUUCAGAUUCAAUUCCUCAAUGGCUUUGGCUAUCUUCUUUCAAAUACUUGAAUCUUUCCCAUAACAAACUUCAUGGGGAGUUGCCAAAAUCAGUCAUGAAAAUAGAAAAUGGCAUUUUGGAUUUGAGUUUCAACAAUCUGUCCGGUCCCCUGCCAUAUUUCCCACCAAAUGCAACAAUAGCGUUGCUUCUCUCAAACAAUAUGUUUUCAGGAACCUUAUCUUUCAUCUGUACAACUCUUCAAGAAAAUUUAUAUUAUCUUGACAUUUCAAGCAACUUUUUGUCGGGAAAACUUCCUGAUUGUUGGGGACAACUUCCUUCCUUGAGCGUUCUGAGAUUGGAAAACAAUCAUUUCUACGGGGCAAUACCAAAUUCAGUUGGUACUUUGAACGAUCUUAAAAGUAUCCAUCUGAAUAACAAUAACCUCUCUGGGAAUUUGCCAGCUUUGAUGAAUUCUUCGGACUUGCUGUUCAUUGAUUUCGGACAGAAUAAUUUGACUGGAAAAUUGCCAUCAUGGAUAGGGCAGUACUCGCACAAUUUGAUUGGCUUACGUUUGCAAGCAAAUAGGCUUCACGGAAGCAUUCCUACAAAUUUAUGUAAUUUGUCAUAUCUUCAAAUCUUAGAUCUCUCAAAAAAUAACUUGACAGGAAAUAUACCUUAUUGUUUUGGUAAUUUGAAUGCUAUGUCAAAUGCGACAUCUGUGAGCCCAGAAAUUUCUUAUCAAGUUGUUGGAAGGGAUUGGUCUAUUACCUUAAAAUGA